AUGUCGCCCAAGCACCUCUGCAAAAUCGCGUCUCUUGCGGUUCAGAUCCAGCGUGCCUUUGAAUUAGAGAGAACCCCCGAAUCAGGAGGUGGUGUUGGUGGUGGAGCGGGAGGAGGAGGUGGUGGUGGAGGAGGAGGUGGUGGUGGAGCAGGGGGUGGAAUAGGCGGAGGUUCAGGUCAUGGUGGGGGCUUUGGUGCAGGAGGUGGUGUAGGAGGAGGAAUUGGUGGUGGUGGUGGUGCUGGAGGAGGUGGCGGUGGAGGAAUUGGAGGAGGUUCUGGUCACGGCGGAGGCUUUGGUGCAGGUGGUGGUAUAGGUCAUGGCGGGGGUGGAGGUAUAGGUGGAGGCGGCGGCGGCGGUCAUGGAGGCGGUGGAGGGUUUGGCAUCGGAAUUGGCAUUGGAGUUGGGGUAGGAGGUGGGCAUGGUUCCGGCAGUGGUUCUGGUGUGGGAGGAGGAGGAGGUGGGGGUAAACAUUAG